CUAUCUCUGAAGUACUUUUACUAACAGCCCAUGAAGCUAAACAAGGCAGGAGAGAUGGAUAAGAAGUGUGGGUGCUGGACGGUAAUCAAGCGAGGUAUUAAGGGAUCCUGCAAGUCCUCUGCUUCCAUUGAUUCUGUUAACACUCUUCCAAGUACUAGCCUUGUUUAUGACGCAGUCACUGAGACUCGAUAUUUGAACGCCAGCAACCGAGAGCUCUCUGCUCCCAACGAGGCUCAGGUCUCCAAUGAAAACCCUGGUCCACUGCCUUCCGAAGAGCAACCUUUUCAUGAAUUGCUUCAAUUUAGUUUUCAGGAGCUUAAGUCUGCCACUGGGAAUUUCAGACCUGACAGUAUUCUUGGGGAAGGUGGGUUUGGGUAUGUUUUCAAAGGAUGGAUAGAGGAGAAUGGAACAGCUCCUGCGAAACCAGGUUCAGGUGUCACGGUUGCAGUUAAAAGUCUGAAGCCAGAUGCUCUUCAGGGUCAUAGAGAAUGGGUGGCUGAGGUUGACUUCCUUGGACAGCUUCACCACCCCAAUCUUGUAAAACUAAUUGGUUACUGUAUUGAAGAUGAUCAACGGCUGCUUGUCUAUGAAUUUAUGACCCGGGGAAGUCUUGAGAACCAUCUUUUCAGAAGGACACUGCCUCUUCCAUGGAUCAGCAGGAUUAAAAUUGCACUUAGUGCAGCUAAAGGAUUGGCCUUUCUCCAUGGAGGUUCUGAACCGGUCAUUUAUAGAGACUUCAAGACAUCUAACAUAUUGCUUGAUACGGAAUACAACGCGAAGCUUUCAGAUUUUGGCCUGGCGAAAGCUGGUCCCCAGGGAGACAAAACACAUGUCUCUACUAGGGUUGUUGGGACAUACGGCUAUGCUGCACCAGAAUAUGUUAUGACAGGGCAUUUGACAUCAAGGAGUGAUGUUUAUAGCUUUGGGGUUGUGUUACUUGAAAUUUUAACAGGUCGAAGGUCAAUGGACAAAAAUCGACCUAGUGGGGAACAAAAUCUUGUUGCAUGGGCUCGACCAUAUUUGUCAGAUAAGAGGAAACUUUUCCAGCUAGUGGAUCCUCGCUUGGAACUCAACUACUCUGUUAAAGGGGUGCAAAAGGUGGCUCAGUUAGCUUACUACUGCCUCAGCAGGGACCCUAAAUCUCGCCCUUCAAUGGAUGAAGUCGUGAAGGGUCUUACCCCAUUGCAAGAUCUUAAUGAUUUUGCCACCCAUUCUUAUCAUGCUCGUUCAGCUCAACAAGGGUGGCGCAGAAAAAAAUCAGAUGGGAUUCAACAGCUCACUUACACCCAGUCCAAGAGCGGUAGGGAAUCCCCAUUGCAUACUGGUAAGCAGGAUUGUAAAUAAUUGAGCUGGGUUUAUUUUUAUAUUUAUCAGGAUACUCCACUCCACUUUGUAUUCCAUCUGGUUGGCACACUCUGAUCUGAGCCAAUUGCUCGGAUGAGGCUUAUUAUUGAGGAAAUGAUGUGGAUGAGGGCAUAUGCAAAGUUCAGAUGUUUCUGCAUGGAUCUUAGGGUGUUUGAGAUCCAGAACAGCCGGGACACUGAGUACCCAAAGAGCUGGCACAUUUUGAGGAAGGUGCACUACAUCCUCCUAUUUGCGGAGCCCUUGCGGCUGAAUUGUAGAUCUGACCGUUGAAUUGGGGUUGUUUUUUGUAUUCAUACCACUGUUGCAAUUGGAAUAUGUCAUCAAAAGUACAUAAAUCCCAACAUGUCCAUGAUUGCUAUUUGCAAUGUCUUGAAUUUGAUUUACUUGGAGUUUUUGAAAUCAGAUUUGGUUCAUCUCCAAUUAUGAUCGAAAAUGGUGCUUCCUUA